CUCAAAGCAGUCUUUUCCUGUCUGCCACGAGCUGAUGAAAAUUUAAGAAAUUCUGAACUUAUCCAUAUUUACUCGGUUAUCCAAGCUUGUAGCUUGGAUCUAUAACUUCUAAAGCAAGAACUGACAGGAGCAUCAACAUGUCUCGUAAAGGUACAGCUAAACUCACUGAAUUACUAGAAAUUGAACGCACCAUUCAGAAACAGUGGCAAGAUGGGAACGUUUUUGAAGAAGAUGCUGAACAAAAAGGCAAUUCUCAGGAGAAGUAUGUGGUGACAUUUCCAUACCCUUAUAUGAAUGGAAGACUACAUCUGGGCCACACCUUCUGUCUGUCCAAGGCUGAGUUUGCAGUAGGCUAUCAACGCAUGAAAGGCAAGAAAUGUCUCUUUCCGUUUGGCUUUCAUUGCACUGGAAUGCCAAUUAAGGCAUGUGCAGAUAAGCUUAAGCGUGAAAUUGAAGACUUUGGUUGUCCUCCAGUGUUCCCUGAACCCCAAGAUGAUGUGAAGAAAGUGGAAGACAAUGAACCUAUUAUCAAAGACAAGUCCAAGAGCAAAAAGAGUAAAGCGCAAGCCAAGUCUGGUGGCUUGACGUACCAGUGGCAGAUUAUGCAGUCUCUGGGCCUUUCUGAUGAAGAGAUUGUCAAAUUUGCUGAUCACACACAUUGGCUGGAGUACUUCCCACCCCAUUGUAAGGCUGACCUCAUGGCCAUGGGGCUAAAGGUUGAUUGGAGAAGAUCUUUCAUCACAACAGAUGUGAACCCAUAUUAUGACUCCUUUGUCAGGUGGCAGUUCCUUCAUUUAAGAAAAGCAAACAAGAUUGAUUUUGGCAAAAGAUACACUAUAUUUUCACCUAAAGAUGGCCAACCCUGCAUGGACCAUGACAGAAGCGAAGGAGAGGGAGUUGGUCCCCAGGAAUACACUCUGAUUAAGAUGAAGGCAGUACAACCAUACCCAGAAAAACUCAGCAAAGCAGGUAAGAAACCAGUUUUCCUGGUAGCUGCAACUCUGAGACCUGAGACCAUGUACGGUCAGACUAACUGUUGGGUGCGACCAGACAUGGCUUAUAUUGCCUUCGAGACUGGAGAUGGUGAGAUAUUUGUGUGCACAGAGCGGGCAGCUAGGAAUAUGAGCUAUCAGGGCUUCACCAAGGAGAAUGCAGUUGUCCCUAUUGUUGCAAAGCUUAUUGGGCAGGAUAUUCUAGGUAUGGCACUCCAGGCCCCUCUGACUGCCUACAAGACAAUAUACACACUACCAAUGUUAACCAUCAAGCCAGAUAAAGGUACUGGCGUUGUUACAAGUGUACCCUCAGAUGCCCCAGAUGACUUUGCUGCCCUUCGCGACCUGAAAAACAAGGCACCAUUCAGAGAGAAGUACAACAUUAAGGAUGACAUGGUGAUCCCCUAUGACCCUGUGCCAAUCAUUGACGUCCCCAGCUUUGGCAAUCUGUGUGCUGUCACAGUCUGUGAACAAUUGAAAAUCAAGAGUCAGAAUGACAAAGAUAAACUACAGGAGGCCAAAGAGAAAGUCUAUCUAGAGGGAUUCUAUAAAGGGGUGAUGCUGGUUGGUGCUUAUAAAGGUCAAAAGGUACAAGAUGUGAAGAAGCAAGUCCAAGGAGAAAUGAUAGCCAAGAAAGAAGCAGUUUUGUAUAUGGAACCUGAGAAAUUGGUGAUUUCUCGUUCAGCUGAUGAAUGUGUAGUUGCCCUUUGUGAUCAGUGGUACCUGAAGUAUGGAGAAGAAAAAUGGAAAAGUGAAACAAAGAAGGCCUUGGACCAGUGUGAGACAUACACUGAAGAGACUACGAGGAACUUCAACGCUACACUUGAUUGGUUGCACGAACAUGCAUGCUCAAGGUCAUAUGGCUUAGGUACAAGAUUGCCAUGGGACCCCCAAUACCUGAUAGAGUCCCUCUCAGACUCCACAAUCUACAUGGCCUACUACACAGUGGCUCACCUACUCCAGGGUGGAACGUUUGAUGGUUCUGGCAAAAGCCCUGUAGGAAUUAAGCCAGAACAAAUGACUCCAGAGGUUUGGGACUACAUAUUCUUCAAGGAUUCACCUUUACCCAAAACAGAUAUCCCCAAAGCCACAAUGGACAGGAUGAGAGGAGAGUUUGAAUAUUGGUACCCUGUUGAUCUGAGAGUAUCUGGAAAAGAUCUUGUACCAAAUCAUCUCACCUACUUCCUUUACAACCAUACAGCUAUAUGGCCCAAUCAGAAAGAUAAAUGGCCUAAAAGUAUCAGAGCAAAUGGCCACUUGAUGCUGAAUUCAAUGAAGAUGUCCAAGUCAACAGGCAACUUCCUCACUCUCUCGCAAGCCAUAUCAAAAUUCUCUGCAGAUGGAAUGAGAUUUUCACUGGCAGAUAGUGGAGACUCCGUUGAGGAUGCCAACUUUGUAGAGAGCCAGGCUGAAGCUGGGUUGCUGCGUCUCUAUACAUACCUUGAGUGGGUCAGGGAGAUGGUGGCCUCCAGAGACAGUAUGCGCACUGGGGAUGUGUCUUCCUUUAAUGACAGGGUCUUUGCUAGUGACAUGAACCUGGCCAUCAGGGAGACUGAGCAGUUAUAUGAGAAGAUGUUAUACAAAGAAGUCCUCAAGAGCGGCUUCUUUGAGUUCCAGGCAUGUCGAGACAAGUACCGUGAGGUAACACAAGGUGACAUGCAUCGUGAUCUUGUGAUGCGCUUCAUAGAAACACAAACUUUGUUGUUGGCGCCUAUUUGUCCACAUAUAUGUGAACAUAUAUGGAGUAUUAUUGGCAAGAGUGGUAGCAUAAUGCAUGCUAAGUGGCGAGUGGCGGGAGAAGUGGAUGACAUCCUGGUACGAUCAUCCGUCUAUCUAAUGGAAGCAGCUCAUGAGUUUCGUAUUAGAUAUAAGAGUGUCACGACCCCUGGUAAAGGCAAGAAGUCAGUGUUGGCAGAAAGACCUACACAUGGUACCAUAUGGAUAGCUAAGACGUACCCUCCCUGGCAGAGCACAGUUCUCACUGUAUUAAAGGAACAACAUCAGAAACACAAUGGAUUUCCUGAGAACAAGCUAAUCGCUGCUGAGUUUAAGAACAAACCAGAGCUAAAGAAAUACAUGAAGAAAGUGAUGCCCUUUGUGCAGUCAUGCAAGGAAAAUGUUGAGAGCUCAGGAAUGAGGGCUUUAGAUCUAACAUUGGACUUUGAAGAGAAACAAGUGCUAGAGCAGAACAUGGAUUACCUAACCAAUACCUUAGAUCUGGAAGGUCUUGAUGUGAAGUUCUCCAUUGACGCUAAUGACAAGAUCAAGGAGGAGUGUUGCCCUGGGAAACCAUUCAUUGCUUACAGAGUAGAGCCCUCAGUUGGUCUGACCCUUGUGAACCCCCAGGUCAUGAGUGGACAUUUCCAAAUGACAGUGCCGAUAUUAGAAGCUGACACACCCCUACGUAUUGCCAUGAGGAUCUCAAAACAAGAUAGACUCAUCAAAGACCACACUAAAGUGAAACUCUACAUUUACGAUGAUCCAAUUAUGGGCCCAAGAAAAAUCCCAGUCAUCGAUGAGCCGCUAAGCGGAAAGACAGUGCUGCCACCUAAUGCCAAAUUUGGAAUAGACCUCAGUGCAAAAUCAGUGACUGUACAACAUAAUGGCAAACCAUUGACUAUAGGAAGACAGAUGGUCUAUGUAGUGGAACAAUGAUAAUGGAAGAGCACAUAGAAUUGUUACAAAGAUAAUCGGAGAACAUAUAGAAUUGUAGACUUCCAGCCUCAGAUCUAUUGCCAAUUUUUAUUUUGAGGGUUCCAGUCUCAAGAUGCAAAAAUAUUUGCAGUUUGUAUUUGACAUUUGAAGCAUGGCAUUUGGUAUACCACUCCCCUUAUGGGAAUCAAUGUACGACAUAUAACAGACUUAAUCACAUCUUUAUAACACUUAAUAUCAAUCUUUGACAGCUAUGGGACUUUAAUACAAUGCUAAUUUAUUUUAAAAUGAAAAACACAUUGGAAAUGAGUGGAAUUAACAGUAUCUAUCUAUUGCACAAAAAGUUUGAAUGUAAUUCGGAACCUUUUGAGGUGAUUCACAUUCAGAUUUGUGUUUGAAUGAUGAUUAAAAUGAAUUGUAAAAAUAUAACAAUUAUUACAUGCAAUAAAAGAAACUGAAAACAAAA